GGAUAGAAUAGCUAAAAUAAAAGACUUCAGCGCAGUUUGGAAUUUUUAUUUUGGAGUUAGAUGGCAGUGAAGCAUGCAUGGCUUUCACUUCUCUCAGGAAAAGGAAAGACCUCCUCCAAAACACAAGUGUGGACCACUGCUGGCUGGUCCUCCUCCCUCUGAGGGAUGAGAGGGAGUGAAUCACAGUGGAGGGCUGCUCGCUCUUCAGUCCAGCAGCGUCUGCUCAGCUGUCACGUACGCUGAGUGACCCACGACCUCUCGCUGCUGCUUUUCUGCCCGAGAGAAGAUGGGAGUCUUAUCUAAGUGACCGGCUCCAAACGUGGAUCUGAAUUCUUUGUUUCGCAUUCGGAAGUUUAAAAUCUAUCAACCUGUGCAUGACUGAGGAUCUGCCUCGGGUUAUCCAGGAGGUAAACGCGUAAAAGGAGAUGGUGCGUGUCUGAACCCACAGUGAACCAAGAUGGAACCCAUUAAGAGAGAUAUGGAGCUGCUGAGUAACAGCAUGGCGACCUACGCUCACAUCAAAGCCAAUCCAGAGAGCUUUGCCCUCUACUUCAUGAUGGGCGUCUGCUUCGGGCUUUUCAUGGCGCUGUGCCUCCUGGUGGCCGGCAUCACUUGCAGGGCUCGCCGCCACAGAAAACCACCUCCGUCUCCAUCGAGGAGACAGCUCAAGGAGUCCAGUGAAGAGGAGGAGGAUGAGGAAGAAGAGGAGGAGAGUGUAGGAGAGGAGAGGGCGGUGGAUACGGAGAUCCCUAAAGUGACAGUGGGUCCUCUGAGUGACCGCAGCAGCCAGUCUAACGGCACUCUGAGGAGCCUGAACGUGUUCACUUCGGCCGAGGAGCUGGAGAAGGCUCGACGGCUGGAGGAGAGGGAGCGAAUCGUCAGGGAGAUCUGGAGGAACGGGCAGCCGGACAUCCUGGUUACGGGGACCGGGACGAUUGGACGAGUUCAUUACCACUAAGAGAGACUUGGACUGAGCUUUUAAAAAACCUGUAAGGGACAACCAAUGGAGAGAAACGUGCUUUGUAUGGAGGCACAAAAAUGUCAAAAUUAAAAAUGGGCGCAAACUAAUCGCAACAUUAAAAAAUAUAUAUAUAUUAUGUUUACCGAUUAAAGAGUUUGCAAUAACUUAACUUUUAUCAUGUAAAAUGACUGAAAUAAAAUAUAAAUUUAGAAGAAAAUCAACUCUACUCACAACAAAAUACUAGUAUUUUUCAAGUCCCUAAAUAAAUAGCAGUAUUACAAAAAUAAAUAUGAAUAAUAAGAGAGAAAAUAUGUAUGCAAGCAAACCAUUUAAAAUGCAUAAAAGUUUUUUUUUUCAUGAUUGAAGUGUUUCUCAGUCAAGAUGUAGUGGCAUUAUGAAAAAUUACAAAUGUGAAGUAAAAAAACAAACAAAUGCAUACCAAAUUAUUUUAGAGGUUUGGGGUUGCAUGUUGCGUAUCUCCUCAUAUAAUUUUUUUAUUUCAUUAUUUUAAUUUAUUAUCAUGGAAAAUCGGACAAUUUGGGCCUCCAUAAAUGUGGACUGUCACAGAUUUUAUGCACAAGUGUUUGUUUUUGGGGGGAGGGUUGGCUUCAUGUGUAUUCAUCUUUGGAAUGUGAAUAAUUAAAGCUAAACCACUUUUUAAUAAA